AUGCGGGCAUGUGGCCGAGUCCAAGCCUCGGCGUCCAUGUCCUACAACGAACGGCAUCCAAUCCUGUUGCCACCCGCAUGUCUCCUGAUUCGCCUGCUGGUUCGAUUCACCCAUCAUAUAUCGCUACAUGGUGGGAACCAGCUGGUCAUUCGCCUUAUACGGGCAACAUACUGGAUCCCUCGACUACGUCACGUAGUGAGGGCAGUGAUUCAUUCGUGUAAGGUCUGCGUCCUCCAUCGUAAACGACUCCAAACCCAACUAAUGGGCGACUUUCCUGCAUCACGAGUCACAUUCUCCAGACCGUUCAUAUACACCGGAGUUAAAUUCGCCGGCCCCUUCGACGUUAAAAGCUUCACAGGUCGCGCCUGUCGCAUCUCAAAGGGGUAUGUGUGCGUGUUCGUCUACUUUUCCACGAAGGCCAUCCACUUAGAGGCCACGUCCGACUUAUCCACCGACACCUUCCUAGCCGCCUUCGCUCGUUUCGUAGCGAGACGAGGGUGUCCUCAUGAAGUUCAAUCCGACAACGAAAGGAAUUUUGUCGGCGCGUCCCGCUCUCUGGCUGUGGAUCUUCUCGAGGCACUUCGCACUCGGACUUCUGCGGUGUACAGCCAGCAGGGGCUAUCGUGGCGGUUUAUCCCUCCCGGAGCCCCACAUAUGGGGGGCUUGUGGGAAGCAGGUGUGAAGAGCUUCAAGGCUCUGUUCCAACGGUCGAUGUGUACGUCCAAAUACACAUUAGAGGAGUUCGCGACCUUACUUUCGAAAAUUGAGGCAUGUCUUAACUCGCGACCAAUCUCUCCUAUGUCUGAGGAUCCAACGGAUCCCUUGGCCUUGAGGAAUUGCGCUCAGGAAUGGCGUCUCGGCCGUGUGCAGAACGCGUAUCCUGGAGCCGAUGAUAAGGUCCGUGUGGUAGACCUACUCACGGCCCGCGGCCUUAUCAAGAGACCGAUCACUAAGGUGGUUCUGCUGCCUAUGGAAUCGGAUGUCCUGUCCACCUACUCGCGCGGAGGCUCCGAUUCAUAA